AUGCCGGCCGUGAGCCUCCCGCCCAAGGAGAACGCGCUCUUCAAGCGGAUCUUGAGAUGUUAUGAGCAUAAACAGUAUAGAAAUGGGUUGAAAUUCUGUAAACAAAUCCUCUCUAAUCCCAAAUUUGCAGAACAUGGAGAAACUCUGGCUAUGAAAGGAUUAACAUUGAACUGUUUGGGUAAAAAGGAAGAAGCUUAUGAAUUGGUUCGUAGAGGUUUGAGAAAUGACUUGAAGAGUCAUGUGUGUUGGCAUGUUUAUGGCCUUCUCCAGAGGUCAGACAAGAAAUAUGAUGAAGCCAUUAAGUGUUACAGAAAUGCGCUAAAAUGGGAUAAAGACAAUCUUCAAAUCUUAAGGGACCUUUCUUUACUACAGAUUCAAAUGCGAGAUCUUGAGGGUUACAGGGAAACAAGAUAUCAAUUACUUCAGCUUCGACCCGCCCAGAGAGCAUCAUGGAUUGGUUACGCUAUUGCUUACCACUUAUUAGAAGAUUAUGAAAUGGCAGCAAAGAUUUUAGAAGAGUUUAGGAAAACACAACAGACAUCCCCUGAUAAAGUGGAUUAUGAAUAUAGUGAACUCCUUUUAUAUCAAAAUCAAGUUCUUCGGGAAGCAGGACUCUAUAGAGAAGCCCUGGAUCACCUUUGUACCUAUGAAAAGCAGAUUUGUGAUAAACUUGCUGUAGAAGAAACCAAAGGGGAACUUCUGUUGCAGUUAUGUCGCUUGGAAGAUGCAGCUGAUGUAUAUAGAGGAUUACAGGAGAGAAAUCCUGAAAACUGGGCCUAUUACAAAGGCCUGGAAAAGGCACUCAAGCCAGCUACUAUGUUAGAACGACUAAAAAUUUAUGAGGAGGCCUGGACUAAAUAUCCCAGAGGACUGGUGCCAAGAAGACUGCCAUUAAACUUUUUAUGUGGUGAGAAGUUUAAGGAAUGUUUGGAUAAGUUCUUGAGGAUGAACUUCAGCAAAGGUUGUCCACCAGUCUUCAAUACUUUGAGGUCAUUAUACAAAGAUAAAGAAAAGGUGGCAAUCAUAGAAGAAUUAGUAGUAGGUUAUGAAACUUCUUUAAAAAGCUGCCGGUUAUUUAACCCCAAUGAUGAUGGAAAAGAGGAACCGCCAACCACAUUACUUUGGGUUCAGUACUACUUAGCACAACAUUAUGACAAAAUUGGUCAGCCAUCUAUCGCUCUUGAAUACAUAAAUACUGCUAUUGAAAGUACACCUACGUUGAUAGAACUCUUCCUUGUGAAAGCUAAAAUCUAUAAGCAUGCUGGGAAUAUUAAAGAAGCUGCAAGAUGGAUGGAUGAGGCUCAGGCUUUGGACACAGCAGACAGAUUUAUCAACUCCAAGUGUGCAAAAUAUAUGCUAAAAGCCAAUCUGAUAAAAGAGGCUGAAGAAAUGUGCUCAAAGUUUACAAGGGAAGGAACAUCAGCAGUAGAAAAUUUGAAUGAAAUGCAAUGCAUGUGGUUCCAGACAGAAUGUGCCCAGGCUUAUAAGACAAUGAAUAAAUUUGGUGAAGCACUUAAGAAAUGUCAUGAAAUUGAGAGACAUUUUAUAGAAAUCACUGAUGACCAGUUUGAUUUUCAUACAUACUGUAUGAGGAAGAUUACGCUUAGAUCAUAUGUGGACUUAUUAAAACUAGAAGAUGUACUUCGACAGCAUCCAUUUUACUUCAAGGCAGCAAGAAUUGCUAUAGAGAUCUAUUUGAAGCUUCAUGACAACCCCCUUACAGAUGAGAAUAAAGAACGUGAAGCUGAUACAGCAAACAUGUCUGAUAAAGAACUAAAGAAACUACGUAAUAAACAAAGAAGAGCUCAAAAGAAAGCCCAGCUAGAGGAAGAGAAAAAAAAUGCAGAAAAAGAAAAGCAGCAGAGAAAUCAAAAAAAGAAGAAGGAUGACGAUGAUGAGGAAAUUGGAGGUCCAAAAGAAGAACUUAUCCCUGAGAAACUGGCAAAGGUUGAAACUCCAUUGGAAGAAGCUAUUAAAUUUUUAACACCAUUGAAGAACUUGGUGAAGAACAAGAUAGAAACUCAUCUUUUUGCUUUUGAGAUUUACUUUAGGAAAGAAAAGUUUCUUUUGAUGCUACAAUCAGUAAAAAGGGCAUUUGCUAUUGAUUCUAGUCAUCCCUGGCUUCAUGAGUGUAUGAUUCGACUCUUUAGUACUGCAGUGUGUGACAGUAAAGAUUUACCUGAUGCAGUUAGAACAGUAUUAAAACAAGAAAUGAAUCGUCUUUUUGGAGCAACGAAUCCAAAGAAUUUUAAUGAGACUUUUCUGAAAAGGAAUUCUGAUUCAUUGCCACACAGAUUAUCAGCUGCCAAAAUGGUAUAUUAUUUAGAUUCUUCUAGUCAAAAGCGAGCUAUAGAGUUGGCAACAACACUUGAUGAAUCCCUCACUAACAGAAACCUCCAGACCUGUAUGGAGGUAUUAGAAGCCUUGUGUGAUGGUAGCCUAGGAGACUGUAAAGAAGCUGCUGAAAUUUAUAGAGCAAAUUGUCAUAAGCUUUUCCCUUAUGCUUUGGCUUUUAUGCCUCCUGGAUAUGAAGAGGAUAUGAAGAUCACAGUUAAUGGAGAUAGUUCUGCAGAAACUGAAGAACUGGCCAAUGAAAUUUGA